CACAUGACAGCCUAUCACUGCGAGAUGUGCAGACGCGUCCCUUGGCAAAAUAUAUGUGUAGCUCCACCAUUAGAUGGUUUGUCGGGAGUUAUUGUACAGGUAACAUAUAAAAGGAGAAACGUCCCAACCAUGCUACAAGGCACACUGUGACGAUUCAUCUCACAGCUUGUAACGAUUUGAAACGCUCUCGAAAUAUACAUGUGAUCAAAAUCAUCAAAUAACAAGUCAGUAUGUCGUCCACAUCUGCAAAACACCGGAACUUUGUGUCUGAGCCAAUGGGAAUAAAACCUGUGACGGAGCUAGCUGGAAUAGGAGACGUCCUUGGUGGGAGGCUCCGCGAAGCAGGAUUUGAUAAGGCGUAUGUGGUACUGGGGCAGUUCCUGGUGCUGAAGAAAGAUGAAGAGUUGUUCCAAGAAUGGCUGAAGGAGACAUGUUCUGCAAAUGCCAAACAUUGUCGGGACUGCUACACAUGUCUGAAAGUCUGGUGUGAUUCCUUCUUGUGAGAUGCCUGCCCUGUCACAUCAUGCUUCUGUCCACACGUUCUUGUGCAUAUUCUUGCUUCUUUGUUCCAAGUUGCUUCUGAAUCCACUUUUGUUAAAACAGGUUAUUGCUAGGUUAUAGAGGUGAAACGAUACAUCGGACGGUGCACCGUGAGUUUUCAUGCGCCGAUACGAUACAUUUUACUCUGUGUCGAUACAAGACGAUACACUUGCUAAAAUACAUACUGCUUGUUUAAUGAC